GUGAAAGAUGGUGGGGAAAAUAAAACGUGCUCGGCAAAAGUUCCACCAGGCUGCAGUGCGGGUCGGGACCGCCAUAGAGGAAGAGCCGCCGGUCCCACUCAGUGAACCCUCUAAUGGCGCAGAUCUGCCGGGGGCACAGGGCUGGGAGAGUCAGGGGCCAGGGAAGGAUUGGACAUUUUUUUCUUCUAAUAUUUUUUCUUCAACUAAAAUCAACCCUGAAAGUUUAACACAGAAACUGGAAGUGGACACAAAAAGUGUAAUAUCUGCUAAAAAAGAAGAGAAGAAACUUGUGCCAAAAAAGGAAAAAGCUAAGCAAAGAAGGGAACGAUGGCUGCAAAAAAUUGAUGUCCUGGCCCUAGCCCAACAAGCCAAAAAAGCCCAGGCAAAAAGGAAAGCUACUCCUGUAGUUGGGGAUAUGAGGCCACUCGUUGAUGCACUUCCUGAACUGUCAGAACUGACUGCUGUUCGCAAACCUAGAGCACCCAGAAAGCAGCCCAAAUGCAGUGUGAAGAAGAAACCAGAACCAACAGACUACAGCAAAAUGAGGCCUGCCCAGAAACGCAAGAUUAUAGAGGAGGAAGUGUCCCGUGUGCAGGAACUGAUCAGGAAUCCUUCUUACAAAGCAAAUCCACUGGCGGCAGUAGGGCAGCACCUUCUGAAACGUAUGAAAGAUGAGCAAGAAACUGACCCCAGAUAGCCAUUGCUAUCCAGAAAAUUUACAGCUAUUGCUACACAAUGCUAGAUAAUCCAGACUGUGACCACAGAACACCAGAUAAAAAUCGCAGCGACUAUGGAACACCACAACAGGGAGCUGUUAAUCGGUCACAGCUGCAGAUACAUUUUGUAUUUCUAAACAGCUUGCUAAAGUAUUUUAUUUCUGUAUGGAACGGAGAUAAAAAAAACUCUAUAAAGGAAGCCGCAACGAUCUUCUAGACUGCUAGUGACAAUGGAACUACCAGAAACAUUUUAGUUAAGCAUGGAAAAACAAAUGAUGUAUGUGGUUUUAUGCUUAAGUUGAAUAAAAAUAUCAUUCUAAAUA